UUCAGUCGGACACAAGACGCGAUACCAAUACAAUCGAUUUACAAAUAACGGAGCAUUUAAAGCUCAUCAAAAUAUAAACACUAUUAAAAGAAAUAUAAACAUUUUAACAAUUUUAUUUCCCUGCAAAAAAUUCGACAUCGGAUGAGUGAUUUUAUUUUAUUAAAAAUUGAGGGAAAUGUUUUUGGUAGUUUAAAAAAAAAAAUACAGUCGCAUAUGAACAAUGAAAGUAAUUUGAAAUAUAUACGGAAACAUGGAUAAAUUUUAUGUUAAACCCAAAAGAAGUUCGGUUUCAACUAAUCCAUCGUCGAGUAGAGUUAGUACAACUACUUCCAGAUCAUCUGCGGAGAUCUUUCAAUCAUCAUCCAAUACCAGACGAUUAGGCGUUGGAAAUAUUUGUUCGAAAAUCCGCCACAAGAUUGAAGAUAAUUUAACACCAAAAAUCAGUAGCAAACUAUAUAAAACGGGAAAGCAUUCCAAAUCCUUGACAGCUUUAAGUUCGAUUGGGGCAUCUACAGGAAAAUAUACAUUAACCAAUAAAAAUUCAAUUGCAACGACAUCUUCUGAGAACCGUAAAAUCAAACUAAAUCCCAAUGCUAAAAUCAGCCAAAUUGACAGUUCAAAUGAAAAACCAAAUCCAUAUGCUGAAUGUUACAAUACAUCAAAGGAUACAUCGUAUUUUACAAAAUCUUCAUUAGUUUCUUAUGUCGACAGCGACGAAGAUGAAACCCAAUUGAGUUUGAGUAUAGCGAAAACAUCUUUAGAAGAUGAAAUUUUUGAGGAAUUGGAAAAGGUAGCUCACGAUGAAAACAAAUUAAAUGCGGUAUUAAAAACGUUUGACAAAAUAAUAUUUGACUACAAUGAUCCUCAACUUCAAACAAAACCAAAUACCGAUGAACACUGUUCUAAGGAGAAAACAGAAAAAGUUGAAAACUCAAAUUCUGCGAAAGAUAGUGAUCAUUUUACUAAGAACGAAGUGUGUUUACAAAAUGAAAAUACAUUGUUGAAAACAGAGAGCGAAGUAAUCGACAAUUCUAAUUCAGUAAUUUGUUGCUUAAAAUCAGAGACUGAUAGUCGCCUUCAGUUGGAUUGCAAUACGGUCGAAUGGAAAAAGUUAGAAAAAUCGUCCUCAACACUAUCUCUGACCCGUAGAAAAUGCUAUCAGUCGCCUGAUUCUCCUUGUCUUAGGCAAAUGCGAAAUGUGUUUGCUAAGCAACAAAGAUCCAAAUCUGUUUGGGAACUCUCGAACUCCACCAAAAUACCAAUACUAAGAGCACUACCAUUAAAAACGCGAAGUAAAAGUUUUUGUUAUCAAAACUCUGAUGGAUCUACUCAUACGAAUAAUUUUAAAUCAUUGCAAAGUCAAAAGACAUUGAAAACAUCAACUCAGUUAUUGAAUGAUCAAGAGAAAUCUGUGUCCUCGUCAUCUUUGGCCAUAGCUAACAAAAAACAGAAAUCUACAGAAAAUAACAUAUGUAAACCAGAUAAAAGAGUUGUUUUAGUUCCACCGACAAAAAAUAACAAAUCACAAAACAAAACUUUUUCGAAAAGUUUGUCUUCCAAGUCUAAAAGGUCAACAACAUCUACUGCCAAUCAAAAUUUAACAUCGACUACUCAUAUAAAUAGGUCUGCUAUGAGCCGAAGUAAUGUAAGUGAUGAAUUGUUAGACAAGUGUCUGGAAAAAGGACAACAAAUUCUACGCAAAGUAGAAUCGUUAAAUACACAGCGAACUCAAGUCUCGUCACAUACCAAAAAAUCUCUAGUACGAACGAAAUCAAAUUCGAAUAAAAAAAUAUCCAAAGAUAAUUUAACACUAAAACGUAAGCAAUGGCUACAUAAACUUAACUAUGCAAACGAAGAAAAAAUAGCAACACCACCGUUGGAAUCGUGCAAAAUUAUACCACCCGUUUUGGGAGAAACUUCCGACAAACAUGCAGAACUUUUGGUACAAGUAACAAAUGCAACCCACUUGACCACCAAUAAGCAACGAAUAAUCUCCGAAGAAUGCCAGUUGGCGACGACACAUAAUACGACGCCUGAGCACGAUUUGGUUGCUAAAAAUCUUGAAUCAGACUCGGAUGAUUCUGGCCAUAUUUCAAAUGAAAAUAUGGAAAUUGCCAUUAAUCAUACAUCACAUUCAUCAUCAUCAACCAGUUUAUGUGAAACCUCUUCAUCAACAUCAUUAUGUUCUGCCACUGCUUCCGCUUGUGAUAUUUCCGUUAGCAAUGGCAUUGAUACCAAAUCCUUAAAAAUGUCUGAAGUUUUGCAGAAAUUUGAACGUAAAGCACAGAAACAAACAACAGCAACAAAUUCGAAUGAAAAUUGGAGCCAAGCAUCCCAAAGAACAGAGCCAAAAUUAUUUAAAAAUAACAAUACAUCAACUUGUGCUUUAAUUCCUCGUGCAGCUAAUUCUUCUUCACUACUACCAAAUAUUGAUAGCGCUACCAAAAUCGAUUCUCAAUAUUGUACUACCUACAAGGUGGCCGAAGUUGAAUCUGUUAGUGUGAUUAGAACACUUGUCGAAAUUUAUCCAAAUUACACAAAAGAGGUAACUAUAAGGCUUCGCUGAACACUUAUUUAACUGAAGUGAAAAAGCGCGAAUGAGUGGAGGAUUAAAAGAAAAGCAUUUAGUAGUAUUUUGCUAGUAUUUGUAUUAUAAGAAUGUAGUUCUUUAUUUUUCUUUAUAUUUUAUUUUAUUGCAUUACACUUAUUAUAUAUUUUCCUUUUUUAUAUAUCCUUUAUUAUUAGAAAUUUGUAUUACAAAAAUAAAUUAAUCUUUAAUAUAAACAAAAAUG